AUGCUCGAAGGGGACCAUUCCAAGGAAGCAGAGCCUCCAGGGACCAUCCCAGAGACCCUCCCAGGGAAGGCGGCACCUCAAAGGAUACUCCCAGGGGCAUCCACACCCCCAGAGACCAUUCCGGGGACGUUAGUGCCCCCAGAGACCAUUCCGGGGACGUUAGUGCCCCCAGAGACCUUCUUAGAGGUCCCAGUGGGCCCUAUGGCAUGCUUGCCUCGCGCUCCCAGGGGCCAUCCCAGGAGUGGUGGACACCCCAGGAACCCUCCUAGGUGCCGCGACGCCCCCAGGUUGCCCCCCAGUGGCGACGGUGCCCCCAGGGGCCCUCGCAACAUCAGCGGCAUCAUCAGGCGCAUUCUCAGGAGCAAUGGGACCCCAGUGACCCUGACUGGAGCCGCGGAUCCCGCAGGGACCAACCCAGGGGCAGCGCAGCCCCCAGGGACCAUCCCAGAGACGGUUCAAGGGGCAGUGGCGCACCAGGAACUCUCCCAGGGUCGGUGGCGCGCCCAGGAGUCCCUCCCAGGGGCGGUGGUGCACCUGGGGUCCCUCUCAUUGGAAGAGGAGUGCUCAGGGACCAUUCCAGGGGAAACAGAGCCUCCAGGGACCAUCACAGAGACCCUCCCAGGGAAGGCGGCACCUCAAAGGACACUCCCAGGGGCAUCCACACCACCAGAGACCUUUCCGGGGACGUUAGUGCCCCCAGAGACCUUCUUAGAGGUCCAAGCGGGCCCUGUGCGACCGGACCCCAGGGGCCCUCGCAACAUCAGCGGCAUCCUCAGGCGCAUUCUCAGGAGCAAUGGGACCCCAGUGACCCUGACUGGAGCAGCGGAUCCCGGAGGGACCAACCCAGGGGCAGCCCCCAGGGACCAUCCCAGAGACGGGUUCAAGGGGCAGUGGCACCAGGAACUCUCCCAGGGUCGGUGGCGCGCCCAGGAGUCCCUCCCAGGGGCGGUGGUGCACCUGGGGUCCCUCUCAUUGGAAGAGGAGUGCUCAGGGACCAUUCCAGGGGAAACAGAGCCUCCAGGGACCAUCACAGAGACCCUCCCAGGGAAGGCGGCACCUCAAAGGACACUCCCAGGGGCAUCCACACCACCAGAGACCUUUCCGGGGACGUUAGUGCCCCCAGAGACCUUUUUAGAGGUCCGAGCGGGCCCUAUGGCAUGCUUGGUGCCCCCCAGUGGCGACGGUGCCCCCCGGGGCGCUCGCAACAUCAGCGGCAUCCUCAGGCGCAUUCUCAGGAGCAACGGGACCCCAGUGACCCUGACUGGAGCAGCUGAUCCCGCAGGGACCAACCCAGGGGCAGCGCAGCCCCCAGGGACCAUCCCAGAGACGGUUCAAGGGGCAGUGGCGCACCAGGAACUCUCCCAGGGUCGGUGGCGCGCCCAGGAGUCCCUCCCAGGGGCGGUGGUGCACCUGGGGUCCCUCUCAUUGGAAGAGCCUAGCGCUCCCAGGGGCCAUCCCAGGAGUGGUGGACACCCCAGGAACCCUCCUAGGUGCCGCGACGCCCCCAGGGUGCCCCCCAGUGGCGACCGGGCCCCCAGGGGCCCUCGCAACAUCAGCGGCAUCCUCAGGCGCAUUCUCAGGAGCAAUGGGACCCCAGUGACCCUGACUGGAGCAGCGGAUCCCGGAGGGACCAACCCAGGGGCAGCGCAGCCCCCAGGGACCAUCCCAGAGACGGGUCAAGGGGCAGUGGCGCACCAGGAACUCUCCCAUGGUCGGUGGCGCGCCCAGGAGUCCCUCCCAGGGGCGGUGGUGCACCUGGGGUCCCUCUCAUUGGAAGAGGAGUGCUCAGGGACCAUUCCAGGGGAAACAGAGCCUCCAGGGACCAUCACAGAGACCCUCCUCCCAGGGAAGGCGGCACCUCAAAGGACACUCCCAGGGGCAUCCACACCACCAGAGACCUUUCCGGGGACGUUAGUGCCCCCAGAGACCUUCUUAGAGGUCCGAGCGGGCCCUAUGGCAUGCUUGGUGCCCCCCAGUGGCGACGGUGCCCCCCGGGGCGCUCGCAACAUCAGCGGCAUCCUCAGGCGCAUUCUCAGGAGCAACGGGACCCCAGUGACCCUGACUGGAGCAGCGGAUCCCGCAGGGACCAACCCAGGGGCAGCGCAGCCCCCAGGGACCAUCCCAGAGACGGUUCAAGGGGCAGUGGCGCACCAGGAACUCUCCCAGGGUCGGUGGCGCGCCCAGGAGUCCCUCCCAGGGGCGGUGGUGCACCUGGGGUCCCUCUCAUUGGAAGAGGAGUGCUCAGGGACCAUUCAAGGAAGCAGAGCCUCCAGGGACCAUCCCAGAGACCCUCCCAGGGAAGGCGGCACCUCAAAGGAUACUCCCAGGGGCAUCCACAUCCCUAGAGACCUUUCCCGGGACGUUAGUGCCCCCAGAGACCUUCUUAGAGGUCCCAGUGGGCCCUAUGGCAUGCCUAGCGCUCCCAGGGGCCAUCCCAGGAGUGGUGGACACCCCAGGAACCCUCCUAGGUGCCGCGACGCCCCCAGGGUGCCCCCCAGUGGCGACGGUGCCCCCAGGGGCACUCGCAACAUCAGCGGCAUCCUCAGGCGCAUUCUCAGGAGCAACGGGACCCCAGUGACCCUGACUGGAGCCGCGGAUCCCGCAGGGACUAACCCAGGGGCAGCGCAGCCCCCAGGGACAAUCCCAGAGACGGUUCAAGGGGCAGUGGCGCACCAGGAACUCUCCCAGGGUCGGUGGCGCGCCCAAAAGUCCCUCCCAGGGGCGGUGGUGCACCUGGGGUCCCUCUCAUUGGAAGAGGAGUGCUCAGGGACCAUUCCAAGGAAGCAGAGCCUCCAGGGACCAUCCCAGAGACCCUCCCAGGGAAGGCGGCACCUCAAAGGAUACUCCCAGGGGCCUGGCGCUCCCAGGGGCCAUCCCAGGAGUGGUGGACACCCCAGGAACCCUCCUAGGUGCCGUGACUCCCCCAGGGUGCCCCCCAGUGGCGACGGUGCCCCCCGGGGCGCUCGCAACAUCAGCGGCAUCCUCAGGCGCAUUCUCAGGAGCAAUGGGGCCCCAGUGACCCUGACUGGAGCAGCUGAUCCCGCAGGGACCAACCCAGGGGCAGCGCAGCCCCCAGGGACCAUCCCAGAGACGGUUCAAGGGGCAGUGGCGCACCAGGAACUCUCCCAGGGUCGAUGGCGCGCCCAGAAGUCCCUCCCAGGGGCGGUGGUGCACCUGGGGUCCCUCUCAUUGGAAGAGGAGUGCUCAGGGACCAUUCCAAGGAAGCAGAGCCUCCAGGGACCAUCCCAGAGACCCUCCCAGGGAAGGCGGCACCUCAAAGGAUACUCCCAGGGGCAUCCAAACCCCCAGAGACCUUUCCGGGGACGCCUAGCGCUCCCAGGGGCCAUCCCAGGAGUGGUGGACACCCCAGGAACCCUCCUAGGUGCCGCGACGCCCCCAGGGUGCCCCCCCAGUGGCGACGGUGCCCCCAGGGGCCCUCGCAACAUCAGCGGCAUCCUCAGGCGCAUUCUCAGGAGCAAUGGGACCCCAGUGACCCUGACUGGAGCAGCGGAUCCCGGAGGGACCAACCCAGGGGCAGCGCAGCCCCCAGGGACCAUCCCAGAGACGGUUCAAGGGGCAGUGGCGCACCAGGAACUCUUCCAUGGUCGGUGGCGCGCCCAGGAGUCCCUCCCAGGGGCGGUGGUGCACCUGGGGUCCCUCUCAUUGGAAGAGGAGUGCUCAGGGAUCAUUCCAGGGGAAACAGAGCCUCCAGGGACCAUCACAGAGACCCUCCCAGGGAAGGCGGCACCUCAAAGGACACUCCCAGGGGCAUCCACACCACCAGAGACCUUUCCGGGGACGUUAUUGCCCCCAGAGACCUUCUUAGAGGUCCAAGCGGGCCCUAUGGCAUGCUUGCCUGGCGCUCCCAGGGGCCAUCCCAGGAGUGGUGGACACCCCAGGAACCCUCCUAGGUGCCGCGACGCCCCCAGGUUGCCCCCCAGUGGCGACGGUGCCCCCAGGGGCCCUCGCAACAUCAGCGGCAUCCUCAGGCGCAUUCUCAGGAGCAAUGGGACCCCAGUGACCCUGACUGGAGCCGCGGAUCCCGUAGGGACCAACCCAGGGGCAGCGCAGCCCCCAGGGACAAUCCCAGAGACGGUUCAAGGGGCAGAGGCGCACCAGGAACUCUCCCAGGGGGAAACAGAGCCUCCAGGGACCAUCACAGAGACCCUCCCAGGGAAGGCGGCACCUCAAAGGACACUCCCAGGGGCAUCCACACCACCAGAGACCUUUCCGGGGACGUUAGUGCCCCCAGAGACCUUCUUAGAGGUCCGAGCGGGCCCUAUG